CAUUGCCAUGACAACAGCCACGCUCAGGAGGAUCGUGAGCGAGAGAAGAAAGUUGCCAGGAAGCGGCUCUACGUGGUGUCCGUCGUCUGCCUGAUCUUCAUGAUCGGUGAAAUCCUCGGUGGGUAUUUUGCAGGCAGCCUGGCGGUGAUGACGGACGCCGCUCACCUGUUGGUCGACUUCACCAGCUUCAUCAUCAGCCUCUUGUCCCUCUGGCUCUCCUCCAGACCGGCCACACACAAGCUCAGCUUCGGCUGGCACCGUGCAGAGAUCCUCGGCGCUCUGCUGUCGGUUGUCACCAUCUGGCUGGUAACGGGAGUGUUGGUCUACCUGGCCGUGGAGCGCCUCAUCAGCGACGACUACACCAUCGAGGGCACUAUCAUGCUCGCUACCUCUGCUUGUGCGGUGCUGGCCAAUAUAAUCAUGGCCCUCACCCUUCACCAGUCGGGCCACGGCCACAGGCGGAGGGCUCAGCAGGCCAACGCCAGCGUGCGAGCGGCCUUCGUCCACGUGGUGGGAGAUCUCCUCCAGAGCGUCAGCGUGCUCGUCAGCGCCAUCAUCAUCUUCUUCAAGCCGGAAUACAAGAUUGCUGACCCCAUCUGCACCUUCCUGUUCUCCAUAUUCGUCUUAUGCACGACCUUCACCAUCAUGAGAGACAUCCUCAUCGUCCUGAUGGAAGGCACUCCAGCGGGGGUGCGGUACAGCGAGGUGCAGGCUGGUCUGCUGGGGGUGAAGGGCGUCACAGCCGUGCACAACCUCCGCAUCUGGGCCCUCACCAUGAACCAGGCUGUGAUGACGGCACAUGUAGCCAUAGACGAGUCGGUGGAUGCUCAGACUGUCCUGAGAGAAAUGACACAGGCGUGUUUCUCCUCCUACAACUUCCACUCUGUGACGAUUCAAAUGGAGAGGCAGGCCGACCUGAAGCCCGGGUGCACCCUGUGUGAGGACCCCAAGAUGUAA